AUGCCGCGCCCCCCGGCCACGCAGCUGACGGAGACGCUGCAGUGCAGGCUGGAGGACCACGAGGCGCUUCAGGCCGUGGAGCGGGCGGCCGCAGACGUCAGCCUCCUGGUGGCCCAUCACAGGACGCGCCGCUCUGCCGUGCUCAUGCCCGGCCGAAGGCCGGGCCUGCUGCGGUGCCUGGCGCCCGGGCUGGCGUCCCCGGCGGGCUACACGGGCAUCACCGGCAUCACCGCGGAGCUCGUGCCUGACGACGACGGCGAGGGCCUAUCCGUGUCGGUCGCGGCCUCCCGCACGAAGGAGGGCAAGGCCUUCCUCGCCGCCCUGAGGAGGCACCUCGGGGAGCAGGGCUGCCCCGGGACGCCCUCGGCCGGCUUCCAGCUCGGGCCUGGAAGGGGCACGCCCGUCGGUUCGCAGCACUCCAAGCUGGAGGCCCAGGCGUACUACUGCUUCUCCAAGAUCCUCUACGACACCCGGGAGGCGCCUGGGCAGGCGGCCGCGGAGUUCAUGCAGUCCUCCUGCCACACGCUGGCCACGCUGAGCCCCACGGCGGUGUCCGCAGCCAUGGGCGACUGCAUCGCGGGCAUCGAUCGCCUCUGCGCGCUGGUGGAGCAGCACAUCGGGCCCCCCGGCGGCCCCGGCACCUCCCCCGCGGCCGCGGCCGCGCGCCUGGGCGGCGCGCCGACGCCGCAGGACCUGCAGCCCUGGCUCCGCGGCUCCGUGGAGCGCUGCGUGUUCGCCAGGGUGGGGCCGCCCCUCUGGAGGCUCUACGAGGAGCGCCACUCCGCCGAGGACGCCCAGUUCGUGGAGAAGGUGGGGCGGCUCCGCCGCUGCAGCGACGCCGCCCUGCUGGAGGCCCUCGAGGUGCGGGCGGAGCUCCGGGGCCUCUGCGCGGGCGGGGCGGCCAGCCCCAGGACGCCGCGGCGCGGCGGCCUCGGGGGCGCAGCGGCCUCCGAGACCGCGCGCCUGGUCGGCUCCGCGGCGGACUGCCAGGACCCGAUGUACACGCACCGCAGUCCGAGCACCGUCGCGAGCGCGGCCGACCUGCCGCGGGGGGGCGCCCCCGCGCCGUGCGCGGUGGCGGGGCCCUACGACCGCGCGGCGACGGCGCUCUCGCAGGUCGAGCUGAUGUUCAGCAAGAGCCACCCCGGCACGCCGCGGGAGCUCCUGGGGGCGCUGGCCCUGGCGCAGCUCGAGAUGAGGACGUGCGCGCUGGAGGCGUCCGGCGGCCAGAGCGAGCUGUACUCGAUGGACGACGUGAUGCCCGUGUUCGUCUGCGUGCUCGCGCGGUCCUCGCUGACGCGGCCCUUCGCCUGCGCAGGCCUCAUGGGAGACGCGCUCACGCAGGACGAGCGCGGCGAGGCCGAGGGGCGCGCCGUGCUGCUGCUGGAGUCCGCCGCCCGGCACAUCGCCUUCGACUGGGACACCGCCGAGGUGCAGGUCUCCGAGCCCGCCCCCGAACGCCCCAGCGCCGAGCCGGCGCCGGCCGUGACGGCAGCGCGGCCCGUGCCGACGGCGCUCUCCCUGUAG